AUGGUUACAUUUAACAGUGGGGUUAUCUAUCAUUUAAUUCGUCGUCGCAAUACACGUAUAAUUCAAAAUUCAAACAUUCAACAUCGAGCUAUAUCGAUUACAUUGGUUCUUACAACAUGUCUCUUUUUAAUAAUGACUAUACCAGCAACAAUUGUUGCCGCAUUUUUCUUCACUACACCAACUACUACACUUGCAAAAAUAUUAGAUUCUGCUCUCUAUACAUAUCAUAUAACAUCAUUUCCACUUUAUUUUAUUACAUUUGAUGCAUUUCGACGAGAAUGUAUCAUGAUGAUCAGUUGCAAAAAGAACACUCAAAGAGUUGCACCAAGCCUCCCUGCUACUGGUCAACCAAAUACACAAAACCAACCAUCAAUCAGAACAUUCUGCCAAUAA